GCUGCCUGAGGGACAUCAGGUGCAAAACCAAAAAAAAUCCAACCUUCAUCCAAAGCCCUGUAUGUAGCUCAUCCCCUUUUUGCAAAAAAAACAAAAGUGGGAUGGUGAUUGUCUUGAAUGCAAAAGUGCAUUAAGUGUUUUUUUUUGCAUUUCACAGUGACACAGCACUUGCAUUUCUUGGCUGUGGGUUAACUUUCAGUUGCAUUGAAAUUAAUACUAAGAAUUGAUAGGGCUUGCUUAUUGUAGUUGCUGCACAGGGUGCAAGCUUGGCACACAAGACAGCUGCAAAAGUGGUCCUACAAGGAGAAGGCUCCCCACCCAACCCAUCUCCCAUGGUGGUGCUCGUGACAAGUUGGAUGAUGUACUGCUGCACAAAGAUCGGGCUGUUCUGUCAGCCACAAAGGAGCUUUGAUCAUAAAGUAUAAACGGCUUUGCAAGAGGGCACUGUCGUUCCAUAAGUUCAAUGGCGAAAAGUAGCAAUCAGGAACUAAUAGAAUGGGAUGAAGAAAUGCAGACCAACGUCAACAAGGGAUUUUGCAGCCCUGAUGAUGUGCUAAAUCUGUCAGGAGAUCAAAUGGACAAUGUUGGGCUUUCACAACACAGUUCAGGUGGUGAUGACAGCAUCAGUUUUGGUGUCCAUUGUGUGAAUACCUUGGAGGAGAUGAGAGGCAGGGCAUCACAUGAGCAGCACCUCAGUUUAUCCCUUGAGGGUGUGAUGGGUGCCGACCAUCUGAUGAGGACACCUCUGAGCACGAAGACAGAGGUGGAGCGUGAAAAUCUAUUUGAGGACUCUUCUGGCGCUAAACCAGUUAGUUCAUCAGAGCAACAAGGCAAUGUUGGGCACAUUGAAGCAAUUGACUCCAAAGCAGGACCAAUCAUCACCAAGCUUGAGCCCAUUCCUGCACAUUCUGUCCUCACUGAGAACUUGAGGACUUUCGGUGAGAACACAAGGGAUCAAUUGAAUAACCAUGCAAGCUCUUUUUCUGCUUGCCUGCCAGACAAUAUUUUAGAUGGGAUAAAUCUGAACGUAUCAGAGGUCGGACGCAGGGUGUUGUUAGCACCUUAUACCCAAAAGGAGCAUGACAACCACACUAUGAAUACUCUUCAGAGUACUGCUGUAGACCAAAUGUUGUAUGGGUUUGAUUUAACAUGUGAACGAGAUGGCGACCAAUAUUCUUCUUUAGACCAGAUGACCUAUGAGUAUGAUGUGACUUGUGGAGAGGAAGAAGUGCAAUACACCUCUCUGGAUCCAGUCUCCUACAGCUUUGAUGUGUCUUGUGAGGCUGAUGAAGAUUUAAACACUUCAGUAGAUCCAAUGUCAUAUGAGUUUGAGGUUUCUUGUACAAGAGAUGAUGAGGAAAUGGCAUGCUUUAGUCAAAACUCCCUCGACAGUGGCAAAAUUGUAGAUGAUCCGACACCAAGUGUCAGCUGUGAAAAGGCUAUCAGCAAUGUGCACAAUGCUGUCCAGUCAUGGCCAGAUACAGAGUUCAUUAUUGGCUCACUUGAGCAUCCAAGCAGUGUGGAAAACCCUUUCAGGGUCUUACCUUUAACGAAUGAAGACAGUUGCAAGAGAGUGGCCGUGACUGAGAUUUCUGUCAAUGUGCCUCGAGACCAAAUGCUGCCAACAAAAGACGUUCAUGAAAGGGAACAAGUUCUGACAAGCUUAGGAAAGGAUUGUAUUCCUGCAGAAAUAAAGGAAUAUCCUGACUACUGUGAAUCAGCACCUGUACACUACCAUGAGUAUCUCAAUACCUCGAAGAACAGGGAACCCAGUCAGUCGGCGAUGGAUGAGCGCUUCAGUGAGCAGCGUGAUGGUGGCAGUGUAGAACCAACCAAUACCUCAGUGACCAAUUACACUCUCAGCCUUUGUCAAGCUGCGUCGUGGGACUGCUCGAGUGCAAUCGGUACAGACUGUGUAGAAGAGCUUUCCCAGUUCUCUGCUAAAUCCUCUGCAGAGCAUGGCAUGGAAUCAUCACGGGCUACCUCAGUUCAGUCAAGCGAAAGGUCAUCAAGCCUUGAGGGCUGCGACACGCUUGACGUUCCAGGCGUGCACGGUGCAGAGAGGCCCUGCCUCACUGCUGGCCAGGUGGUCCCGGCUGUUGAAAGGAAGACCGAGGCGAUUCAGUCAGCAGCCCCUUUGUUUUCUGCCAAUGCACAAUUGCCUGAUGAUAAAGAGAUGCCUCAGGAAAGCACUCCCAGCACAAACAGGGAAGCCUUGAAUGCAUCUGUGCUGGUCCACACAGGGGUGAAUGUUAGCCCUGCAAGAAGGGAGGAGGUCGCUGAUGCCACCGAUAUAUUGUCUUCGGCUGAUGCCUCGAGCCUGGUGUUAGCACAUCCUUUAAACUCAGGGGAACUCUCCAUUCUAACCUCAACUUCAAUGGAAACCAUAGGUAAACAAGCGGCAGAGACAUUUCGAGUGGGCAAUCUGAACACAGCGGAAGGAGGAAUGGGAGCGAGUAAUAGCUCUGACUCAGAAGGAACAUCCAAGGCACUCUGUCCAAUUGCGAACAAGGAGCGGGCUGCCUCUGAAGAGUCAGGAGCAUCAACUGAGCCAGCCUCUUCUCCCAAACCACCGGCUGCAGUCUCAAGCAUAGAGCGAAAACAAGGUUUGGAACAAGUACAUGAUUACUCAGGACUAUCAAACAAAGACAGCAAAAUGACAUAUUUGGUUUCAGGGAAGAGAAGUGAAAAUGAGGAGCAAUUUGCCAAAGGGAUAGAAGAAUCUAAGAGCAAGGGGUUGCCAAUAGAAGGCAAAGUAAUCUCCAGAGAGACAUCAGCAGCUUUCACUGCAGUGGAAUCAGAAGAAGCCCUCAAGCGAAGACUGGACCUUUCAAGUGAACACAGCAAAGUCAGUAAAUACCUGAAUGUCAAUAAAGAUUACAGAGUGGACUGUGCAAAACCAUCGCUGACACCUGUGACGGGACUAACGCUGCUUAGUGCCAGUGUGGUGGAGAAAGAGCCCUGUGUGGCGCCAGCUGUAGUGGCAACGAGGAAUCCUGUACCUUCGGGUGAACCUUCUCUUUACACUUGCACAAAGUGCAGCGUUUACUUCCAGGACAGGGAGUACCUGCGCAGGCACAUGCUGGACCACUUUGACGGACAGGCUGAGGAGGGAUUCGCAGGGGGUCCUUGCCCGUUCACAUGCCAUGAGUGUGGCCAUGCCUUCUGCAACCUAGCCUCCCUUCGAACGCACCUAAGUCUUCAUCAGGAGCGCAGAGCGAGCUUCAUGGAGGCCUUCCAGGAGCUGGCUGACCCAUGGGACGAGGGGCAUGGGGCCAGGUGGCAGGGCACAUUUGGGACCAGCCCGGCUAAGCCACCAGUGGUGCGGGCUGAAGCACAUGCCCACAAAAUGCCUUGUCAGUGCCAUCUCUGCCAUUUCCAGGCAGCCACAAGUGAAGGACUUCAGGAGCACCAGUGGCACAACCAUCCAGGCGGGGUGGAAAAGGCCAAGUCUCCGCGCACGCCCAGUCUCGGGUUGCCAACACAGGCCAUCAGAACAGAUCCGAGGCUGAGCCAGGAGUGUCCUUCCUCCAAGAGAGUGGAGAGUGUGUAUAAAGACCAGGUGAAACUCAGCCAGCAACACAUCCAUCAGCAAAAGUCAGGCUGCCCUCCAACCAGGCCACUCUGGCCUUCUGCUGGCCAAGGAGCUGAGGAUUCAUACAACCAAUCCAGCAACUGUGAGAACUCUCCAAGGUUCCUGCCAUUGAAUAAUCCUGGUGAUGGCAAGCUGGAGAUAGAAUCAUUGCCUUCAACUGCAAGGGGACCUUGUCGCUAUGAAGAUAACCGUCCUCUGAUCUUUGAAGGGAAGCAAAAGAGCAAAACCAUUCUUGAUGUCCCAGAAGUGGAGAUUGCCAAGUUGAAAACUCACUUGGUGCUGGACAUGACAAAGCGGGUUGUGCUGCAGAAUACGCAGUUCAAAUCACCAGUGGGCUUGUCCAAUUACAUAGGCUUGUGCGAAGGUACAGAGACAAACAUCACCCCCUUGCCCAGAGGAGGCUUUGCUCCACAACAAGGAGCUGUCUGUUCUUCUCGCAGCCAGGUAAUGAACAAAAUUGAGUCAGUUGGAGAACAUCAUACCAAUCAAAGAACUGCUCUUACCUACAGGAAAAUUGUAAUAGACCACUUUGCAUCCAGAAUGGGUCCUAGUGGACCUUCAGUCUACAAAGAUGUCGUGAGACUAAAGACCGAUUCGGAGGAGACUGUGGGAAAUAAAGCAUGCUCUGUUUCAUUUGGUCCACAAGACAGUCAGGAGAUGAAGACCUCAGGCUUGCCAGGUCACCAAAUUCAGAUCUGUGAUAUAAUAGCUCUUCCUGCUAAGAAGGGAAGGAUGACUACAGAUCCAACUGCUGCUACUUGCCAGCCUAGAGCAGUAAGAAAACGCACAAAAGAACUGCUAAAGACUAUCAGUUUUCCACAAGAUCUGUCAGUUGACCAACAUCAGCAAUUAGUGAGAAUGACUUCUAUAAUAAUACUUGAUAAAACAGAAAGCAGGUCAGAAUGUGACUCUGCCUUAGAUGAAAAGGUUUUGGGUUCUUCCAUGGAAACCAGGGAGGGCCAGUCCCAAAGGGAGCCCGGGGAGGGCCAGUCCCAACGGGAGUCUGGGUCGAGCCAGUACAAUUGGGAACCCGGGAUGAGUCAGUCCCAACCUGUGGGAAGGUAUUCCCAUCAUGAGCCCAGAGACACCCAGUCUCAACGUCAGCCCAAUUGUGAAGAAAGGGAAUUAGCUUCUUCUGUGGAAGUAGGGUUAGACAAAAGCAUCCUUUGGGAGGUGCCCAGCGAGGAUUUACCACUAGAUCUGAUGAAGAAGUCAAAAGACCUCUUGAGCAAGAAUUUAUUACGUAUGUUUCCAUUGGAAGAAAGAGAAUGUCCCUAUUGUCCAGAUAAAUUCCACACUGGAAUAGGCUUGGCCAAUCAUGUACGAGGGCAUCUUAAACGAGUUGGCAUCAGUUACAACACCCGGCACUUUAUAAGUGCAGAAGAAGUUACAGCAAUUGAAAAGGAAUUCUCAUUACAGAGGCUGAAGAGAAAAGCCCUAAAGAUCCGUGGCAGUGCAGUGGAAAAGUGCAACCUGUGCGGUGCCAGCUUUGACUCGCGGGCGGGGAUGUCGAGCCAUGCCCGCGCCCACCUGCGAGAGCUCGGUGUCAUGUCCUGGAGUGCCACCAGCUCCCCCAUAGACCUGCUCAACGAGCUCCUUCAGGAUCUGGCCCCCUCCAGCCUGGCCGAUGGCCAAGCAAGGCCAGACAGCAGCCACCGGAAACCUGCCAGCUAUAAGUCAGGAGCCAAGACAGCGUCAACAAUGUCAGAAGGGUCAAACCCCCAUCCAGUUGUGCGACCAUUCGCCUCCGCAAAUAACAGUUCAUCACCACUCAGAAACAAGGAGGACUGUGGAGAAUCCAUUGGUUUGUUCUCCUGGAUCAAAGAAAAAGCUGUUUGCCUUGAGCAACGGUCGCAUGUUCCCUCCCGCGUUCCCGAUCGGUUGCGCGGCGCUCGUCCCCGCCCUGGCUGCGCGUUCUCUCCGCGUCUCUCUCUCUCUCUCUCCCCUAAGAUGGCUGCUGCCGCUGCUUCGUCUUCGACUCCUUCCUCCUCCUCAUCACCCACCGGCUCCAGCCUAGAGAACCUGACAAAGGCCGAGCCCCGGGAAUGCCCCACGACGAUGAAAGAAGUGGCCGGCCCUGGCGAGGUGGUGAUAAUUGAUCCUGAUGAUGAUGAUGAAAUGACGACUCUGGAACUCGAUUUGCCAUCUGGACAUAGUUCUGCAGAAUCUGAACUCCAGGAGAAAAAUGGAUUGUUAGGAACUCCAGAUACAAACUUGCAAACAACUUCAGUGCUUCCCAAGCAGCCUCUUCCUAAAAUUACCUUGGUGACCCAAGGAGAGGAUUCACUGCAGUCUAAUAAAUUGCUGAAUUCCUGUCAGUUAUGUGGCACCUGCUUUGAGACUCGUAAAGGAUUAUCAAGUCAUGCACGCUUCCACCUGAGGCAAUUUGGAGUGCCAGACUCGGAAAGCAGUGGCGCCCCGAUCGGUACACUGUAUGAACUGAUGAAAAGAAAAGGGAUACCUAGUGUUUUACCCUCCACUUUGGCUACUGAUAAAUCGCAGAGCUGUUCACCAAAGGACAUGUCUGCUGUAAAACAAGAAACUCCUGGCAAACCAAUUGGAGAGGAGUGCCAGGGAGAAGCAACACAUGCAGCUAAAUCGCCAAAGUUGACCAUUACCAGUCCACCGAAGGGCCAGUCUCAGGCAGGAUCAUCGACACUCAAGAAAGUGCAUCCCAUUUUACCAAAGCCGGUGUCUAGUAAAUCUCCAGAACCUGGAAAAACAGGGCGACCAUUGAUGGAUACUCCUCAGACAUCAGGAGAGCUGAUGUCGAAGAAGCUGUUUUGGACCCCACAAGAUGACAACACACCUUUAAACCUCACAGUUAACAGUGAACACAUAAGCUGUCGGUUGUGUGGUGCCUGCUUUGAAACCCGGAAGGGGCUGUCGAGCCAUUCCCGAGCUCACUUGAGGCACUUUGGAGCGGUGGAUGUGGAUUCUAAAGGAUCUCCGAUUGAAGCUUUAAAUGAAUUCAUUAAGAAAAAAGGAAUUCAGAGUGCUUUGUCAUCCAUGUUGCCAAUAAAGAAAACGCACAGCUACCCUAAAGUGUCUGCCCUCAAAGCAGAAAGGACUAAUUUCAAGUUAGGAACACCUGUCAACAAGAAAACAUCUCUAACAUCCUCUUCAUUGUCACCACAGAAGAAGCUGAAGCAAGUCACUAUGAGUGUGCAUAUGGAAUCUGGGAUUUCUCAGGCUUCGAGAUCUAAUAAUGAACUGGCUGCAGAAACUUAUUGGCCAUCUUCACCUAUAAAUCUGUCAAUUGAUUCAGCGCCUAGCAAAGAGACGCGUUGUGAAUUUUGCGGUGAUUACUUUGAGAACCGCAAGGGGCUGUCGAGUCACGCAAGGUCACACCUGAGGCAGUUUGGGGUGACUGAAUGGACAGUUAACGGUUCGCCAAUAGACACAUUGAAGGAGCUUAUGAAAAGGAAAAUGCAUCCUCUCGACUCGCCUCUCACACCUGAGCUCAAAAUGCCCUCAAAGCCAGCAUCAUUGCAGGCCCUGCAGAGUGAACCCUUCUCGCCCUCUCCGGGUAAAUCAUCCAAGUUUAGCCUGACCAUUCCAUCUGUCGGGCAGGUUCCAUCAGGAUCACUAGUGCCGAAAAAGGUUCAGGGGCAAUUUUUCUCCCCUCCACCACUGAAAAAACUGAAGCUGACCCCACUGAAAAAGGUGAAACAAGAGCACUUCACAAUAGAGUAUAAUCCUGAGGAAUCAGCAACCUUGCUGAAGAGCAGCAGUUAUUUAUCCGAACAAAUGUGGUCAUCCAGCGAAGAUACCUCACCUCUUCGUUUAACAGUUGACCAACCCAACAAGGAUGUCCGCUGCGAGUUUUGUGGUGAAUACUUUGAGAAUCGCAAAGGGCUAUCAAGCCAUGCCAGGUCACAUCUGAGGCAGUUUGGUGUGACAGAGUGGACUGUGAAUGGUUCACCAAUUGAUACGUUGAAAGAGCUGAUGAAGAGGAAAGGAAAGCCCGAACCACUUAGCCAUGAGUCAAUGCAGCGGGAGCUACAACGAGAGCCUGAAAACUACCUGUACGAGGAGAAGUCAAUUUCUAAGUCAUUGGGUCCGCUUAUUAAGUCAUCUGGCAAGGAGGUGCAGCAAAAGCACCUAACGUCCACCGCAAGAAAAGUAUUAACUUACAUGCACAGCACCCAACAUGCGACUGGGUCACCACUGGGCAAGAAGAUACCGAUGGGUUUUGUGUCAACUGCACCACUAAAGAAACCCAUGCUAGAUGAUAGAAAUCUGACGCCAGAAUUGAAACCCAGCUAUACUCCAGGGUCAGGCUUGUUUAAGCCAAAGGCCACAUGGUCCCCGCAGGAGAAGGUGACAACGAGUCCAGUAAUAGCCGCAGAUACUUGCUGCGAAUUGUGUGGCCACUACUUUGAAAACCGGAAAGCUUUAGCCAGCCAUGCCAGAGCCCAUCUCAGACAGUUCGGGGUGACUGAAUGGCACAUCAACGGCUCACCGAUAGACACCCUGAGGGAAUGGAUCCGCCAGAAGCCCAACAUUGGCACAGGUGCUUCCCUGAACUGUAUGCAGGACCGCCCUCUUCCAAAACCUAUCAGAAACAAUAUCAAAUCUGUGGUUAAAGAGCUGUCGGGGGAGCUGUGUUCUCUGCCAGGGGGUAAGACGGUGAAGUUGGAGCCAAUGCAGCCCAAAACAGUAGAGCUGGGGUUUCCGGCCUCACCGGUACAGAAGAAUCCAGAGACAGAAAAAAUGCCUCCGACAGAGUGCUACAUCCCCACAGAUCUGAGCCAAGGCAGCAUAACUGAGUGCACCCCGAGCUCCUCUAUGCCAUCUGAGGACGAUGAGCCACAUCCAAAGAAAAAGAGAAAGCACCCAGUCAAGUUAGGAACCUGUGAGUAUUGUGGAGUGACACUAACCACGGGUGUAGGCCUCUCCAACCACAUGCGUGGCCAUCUGAAAUCUGGAUUGAAAAGGAAGUUACCGAGUCUGUCUCAGUUUGAGGAACUCCACGAAAAGGCUGAACCUGCACUCACCGACACAUACUAUGAGCGUAAGCAACAUAAGCCGGUGGUAUGUACAGAGAACGUGUCACCAAAACGAGAGGAAGGGAAGGAGACAAAAACGUUCAGGCCAAAAUCAGAGGAACCAAGACCCCUCCGAGUGAGACCUGUGAUCUUUCCGGUGCCGAAGCCUGAGCCCAUCUCACUGGUGAAGUUUAUAGGAAACAUCUACACUCUGAAAUGCAGAUUUUGUGAUGUGGAGUUCCAUGGUCCGCUUUCGAUUCAGGAAGAAUGGGUGAGACAUCUGCAGCGACACAUCCUGGACAUGAACUUUCCAAAGACGGAGGCUACCCGCGAAGAGAUCUCUGUGUCUGCUGACAUGGGGAAAUAGGGAAAAUCGGCUGCCUGUGUGGAUACUUGGGUACACUGGAGGCAGAGUGUCCAUUGCAGUCUCUCAUGAAGACGCACUCGAUUUUAUGUUCUAGUUUUAGUCAAGUUUGGAAAGAAUCUCCUUUGCCUUGAACGUUUAAACCUCUGUAGUAAUAAAAGUAUCUGCCUUAUGGUGAUUUCCUUAGAGUAAUUCUGCAUUUGCCUCAUACAGUUAGAAUGUUAUAAAGAACAACUUAGCCCUGAUUAAUUUCAUACAAUAUAAGAUCAGUUAGGUAGCCCAGUGCACUUCAGGGGGAGUGGCAGUGUUUGAUGAAGGCUGCAUGGCAUUGUAUUUGGCAUUUAUAUAACCUGAAGCAAAAACACUGUUUGCUUGUGAUCUAUUUGGUAUCACUGUCACACUCCCAAGUAAUAGAUCAAUCCCUGCCUUGGGAGACAAGGAGAGAAGGAAAGUACAAGGUGGAUUGAUAAUAAUUAUUUUAAAAUUUUUUCAAUGUUGUGCCACUUUUUUUAAAAAACUACAUUGUAGCGAAUCAAACUAUUCAGUGUUUCUCCUUUCAAGGCCAGCAGGGGAAGGGAGCGAAGCCCAUUAAGCAAGUAGCUGCCAUAGUACGGAUCAUUGCAUGAGGUCAGAACCAAGUAACCAUGAGGAGGAGGUUUGGACGUUAUGCAUUCUAUGUACAGUGUGGUUGCACGUCUUCCUGGUCAGUGUCACUCAAACCUUGCAGGGCAGAAUUCGAGCUAUACAAGGCUGGUUCAGUAUUAAACAAUGUGCUGUGAAGUACCUAGCCUUUGUUAUGGCGGUUAUUUUGCAUGCUGUCAGACUGUAGUAACCGAACAAGAGAUCAGCAGUACAGUACAACACAGAACCCUAAGCGGAAAGUUCACACGUGUGCCAGCAUCUGAAAAAUAGUAGGUUAGGACUCUCAGCACUAAGUAGACAUGUCUGUCUCUAUGCAACCUACAGAAAGGGAUCUUGUGUUACAGUGAAUACUGUAGAAUGUCCCAGCUUAGCAGGAACAUAGUCCUAUUAGAAAAUGGAAUAGUUGCCACUUAUAUUUCAUGUCCUCAAGGUUUUUAUGACAGCAGUGCUGCAGCUGAUGCACUUUACCAUCAUUCUAGUGCAUAGGUCAAGCCACUUUCUUCUGUGGGGCAGCCGUCAAUGAGCAUAUGGCUAGGGGAGUGGAUGGGUCAGUCUAAAAGAGCCUUAUUCCUCUGACUGAAAGUACUAAAUCUGCAUUUUUUCCAACAUAUUUAUACUCAUCCUUUUGGAUGCUUCCUAAUAAUUAGUUGCUGUUUUAAUAUUCGGCAAAGGACCUAUUUGUUUUUAGAAGUGCUUUGGUCACAAAGUGGCAGUACGUCUGCACGUAAAAAUGUAAGUGUAUAGUAAAACUGUAAAGAUGCUUUCUUUCCCUUUUCUUCAUCUUGUAUGUGCUGAAUGGUGGUUGAUUUUUAGCAAGUUAUAAAGGCAGGUUUUAGAGUCUUUAGUUGUGUUCCCUUUCACAGCUGAGAUCCUCUUGGCAUCUUGUGGUCUGAUGAGCUGUGAGUUAAAGACUUUGAGAGAUGCCAUUUCAGGGCACUUGGGCCUUGGAGGUCCUGAAGCCCUUGCUGGACUAUCACCCCACCGAUGCCACUUUUGCACCACUGCCUCAGCGAAUUUUGUUGGGGUUACUGUUCCGUCUGUCUAAAUGGCAACACUUCCAAGUGUCCUUCCUGCUGCUGUGAUAACGCAUCGGUCACUAAUUCUCUGCAAACCAGAUAAUGUAGCUGUGGGGAGGAAGGGGAAGGGGAUCUCUCAAGGCUGCUCACAAGGAAGAUGCUCAUCAAAAUCAAAUUCCUCUUCUCUUCCUCCUCCGCUUCCCACCAAAUAAAAAUCCUGUCCGUCUGAGGACCACCUCUUUUUUGGUUUGAAAGCGGGAUACAAAAGGCUGUUUUGUUCUACUGAAGCUGUUCAAUUUAAAUCUUAUUUAAACCUGUGGUCACUUUAUAUUUGCAGUGUUGUGAUGUGAGUCUGUGCAUCUAAUGCAAUUGGACUCCCUGUGACCAAAAAAAAAUCUUGUUACCUGUUUGUUCCUGUGACUGUGUAUUGUUGUAACAUGGAGUGUAAUGAAAUAUACCUUCAUAACCAAAGGUGCUAUGAAAUUGGUUGUUUGGUAUCCCAAAAUAAGGUUUGUUUUUGAGAAUGGACUGCCGCGUCAACACGUACAAAAGCUCCUUCGUUGAAUUGGUAGAAGUUCAGACUUUUGUGUCUUGUUUAGAUCUAUUUUCACUAUUCAUUUGAAUGCAUAGAGUUUUAAUUUUGUGCUUUUGAAGUGUAUUAAUGUGACUAUGCUCUAGGAAAGAUUACAUUCAGUGCAUUUUAACGUCAUGUGAUGCUGUUAAUUCAUUACCUAAAAUUGCUACCACUGCCAAAUCUGUCAUUCUUGGUGCUUCUUCCUCAUGUUACAUGCUCCAGCAAAAUACUUGGCAUUUGCCCAGGGAGAUGUAAUCCAUAAUUGUAGAAUUAGGAACAUCUCACUUCCAGUGGAAGCAGACUCUGAAGAUUUGUUAAUGCUCACCAUUGAGUUUAACUGAGAUCCUAAUAGUUCUGUAAAGUUUGUGUGAAUCAAUCCUGGUUUUGGUUGCUGCUACAUGCCCUUAGAUGCCAAGUGAUUGUGUAUUUGGAGAGCAUGCAUUACAGAGUUGGCUACAGUUCUCUACAGGUUCAAAUCUUGAUUGCAUCCCUGGCAUUAAAAAUCUCAAUUAAGCUGCACCUCUCCACAAAUGCAGAGGCAGCAAGCAGACAGGUGCUAUUGGAAACAUCAAAACACACUUCUGGAGUUUUUUUUAGCUGCCUCUGAUUAGCAUGAGCUGUUUUGCAAACUCCUAGUAAGGUUUCAGUGGUCAGUCUCUUAACAUGCUGUAGAAAUGACUAGUUCAUGCCUCCAAACUUUAAUGGAAUAUUCAGGGUUGUUGGCAUUGACUGUUAAUACUGUUUUGGGAGAUUAAAGUGUUUGUGCAGGCCACCGCGUAGUGCGAUGGUGAGCCUUGUGAUAAAGUUUAGACAGUGAUGAAGGAAGACUCUUACAUCAAACUUAGAAAGCAAUUGUUCACAGUUGUUUUUCUAAGAGAGGAAUUUAAAAGCAUAUUUUGGGAAUCUGAAUUCUGUGUAAAGUUUCUUAGAGCAGAAUGGUACCUCUAGAAAUGGUUGAUGUGCUUGUAUUUUGCUGCAAGUUUCUUACUUUAUUGAUGCAGAGGGAACUUCUUAAAAUGCUUACUAUUUCUUGUACUAUAAUCUGUUGUUCUCGCAUGUAUUGUUAAAUAUUAUUGAUUCUCAUCUAUGUUUGUAUUUUAACAUUUUUUUUAAUAUAAAUGUUACCACAGUAAGAAUUGGAUUUGCAUCUUGUGUAGCUUUCAAUUUCUUUGUGCUCAUACCAAGAUAUUUCAAAAGUAAAUGUCUGUCAUUUUAGGGUGCUAGUUUUAUACAAUUUCCUCUUGCACCAUCAGUGCUGCCAGUUCAUAUUCUGGCAGAAACUUCUCACUGCAUGACCUCUGCCCAAAUUGCCUUGCAUAUGAAAGGAAAAUGCACAUUUGUUAAUUUCUUCAUCUCCCCCACUCUCAAUUGUAACAAGUAGAUGUCCGGAUUGGGUUUGUAUGUCAUAGUGAGUAGUGGAAUUGUAUAUGUAGUGGUAGUUUGUGGGUAGAGAGUAAUGUUACAGGGUACUUAGGAAUCAAGCUGCAUUACUAUCAAGCGAGCAGUAGAUAAUUGCUUUUUUUCAAGUUAUCUAAACACUGACCUGAAAAAUAACUAAGGUAUUGUGUGUGCAAGCAGGAUAUUAAUCUCUAGGUCAAUAUAACCCUUGUGAUAAAGAUAAUCAUUGGCAAUAUGCAAUACCUGAGUCAUUGCUUGGUCAGAGAGGGGUUUAAUGAGUGCUUUAAACAAAAGCAAAGUAGAUUUAGGGAGAGAUUUCAGACAUUGGUGGUAUCAAGCAGCUGAAAGCAUAGCCACCAAUGGUGAGGUGAUCAAAAUCUGGGAACAUUAGUCUGUGAGUAAAUAAUUGUAUUUUCUGCUGAACUCAGCCUCUGUUCACAUAAUUUCACUGGGCUCCACAAAAUUGUUUCAUUUUGAAUAUGCCAGCCAUUUACAAUUUCUGAAAGAGAAGACGUUCAGAGUUCUGAAAUUCAACCCCAACAAUACUGUUAAAGCACACCCAGUAAACAUAAUGAUUCCCCCAUUCUGGUUUGCUUGGAAUUGUGUAACCAUAAGCUUAGAGCUCACGUUUUGUUAACUUUCUCUAAAAGUUCAUUUCAUAAUUUGCCCUGUAGUGUCUUGCAGGCUAGAAAAAUUUGCAAGUUUAAUGCCCAGUCUCUGUUAAGCAAGUUACUCUUGGUCAGAAUUCAGGGUUUCUGUUCACAACUGGUGAAAAAUUGGCAUGUUACUUCAGAAGCUGCAAACAGGAUUUGCUUCAGACAAUGCUCAGUGAAUCUAACCUUCUGAAAUCCUGUCUAGCUUCAUCCCAUGCAAUAUUUAAAAUGUAAAACUGGAACUCAAUACAACUAAUCUGAGCACAUUGAGGGUGGUUGAAAAACUGGACAGAAAUAUUUUGCUGAAAUACACAAUAUUCCUUAUGCAGGCUAUAGAACAUUGCUCUCCCAGUUCAAAUAUUUUCCCAGCCCUCUUAAAUCUCCUGGUUAAUCAGUUAUAGCAUUGGGGUAUUGAGGGUCAUUAAAUUAUCUAAGAUCUGUACUAAUACUUCAGUGGGGUUGACCUGAAGAAACUUACCUCCUGACAGUUAUCUGAUUAAUUAGUAUUCCUGGGAGCCAUUAGGUUACUCUUUCCUAGGCACAUUGGGAUUUGAGGGCAAACUGAUUCCUCACCAUCUGGAAUAUUUGACGUAUCUCAAGUAAAUGACCCUACAUGGGAAAGUGAUUUCCGAGAUCUUGAGGUCCAAAUGCAUAGCUUAUGAACCUUUACACUGCAAAGCCUAUACUUUAUUUCUCCCCUACUUUUACUCCAGCUUCUUUCAGUAUUUACGGUUGCAAAAAUGGGUGGUUUACUUGUAUUUCUUCAUUUAGCUGGACCCUGCAUAUUAUUGCCAACAUGAUGUUAUGUUGAACAGAUGUGAGGUUAAGCAAUCCAACUCCAUCAGCUUGGAGAUCCCUGGUGCACAUUCUAAUUUAAAUUUACUAAGGCUCUUUUAAAGCAUUACUUCACAAAAUUAACAAUCCCUAUCACAAAUGCUAUGUGUGUUUAUUGGCCAUUGGUUGCUUUAAGUGCUCCCAUUACAAAGAAAAAAAAUCAUUUGUCUGAACUUCCAGCAGAAGAGUUGUUCUGUCAUCUGUAACAUACAUCCAGGUUAAUAUAUAGGGUGUCAAAUUCAGGUUAUUUGGGAAUGUGCACCCUGACUAACCUGUCAGGUACUUUUAUUAUUCAAUUCAGAUGGGUCUGCAGAGUAUGAUGAACACAGACAAGAUAACUUUUGACUUAGGUUUAAAAAUAACACUGUAGCAAUUGGUAUGUCAGUUGUGUGAAAACAAGUUGAAGUGACUUCCAUUUGUAUAACCUGGCAGACAUGUGGCCUGAAAUUUCUCAUUUUCUUGCGUCAAAGGAAACAUCAUUUCACUGGGAGUCAUGGAUUACAAUCUGAGCUGAACAUGGAGCCAUUAGCAUGACUUGAUGCAGGGUUUAUGUCAGCCAAGGUUAUGGUUUGCCAAGCUAGUGUGUAAAGAAAUGCUGACUGGUUAGAAGUUUCCCUGAUGAACCCUAUUAUUUGAGAAUUGGGGCACUGAUUUUGUUUCUGCUUAGAGGGGAAUCGGUUUUGCAAAUAAUGUUCAGUAUCAAUUAAUGAAAAUGUAGUCAGUAUGUAAAUAAAGAUUAUUUUCUAAUGAGCAAUUCCCAGUGGUUACAUUUCUGAAGUGUUGAAGCUUUCCUGUAGGUGUGAGAUGCUCAGUCCAUUCUAUUAUUAACCCCCCAGUUUUUUUUAAAAUGGUCAAAUCAGCUUUUGUACAAAUUGUAUUUUACAGGCUAAAAGUCACUUUUACUGUAGGAAUUCUAAUUUUUAAGUGUUGAACUGAUGCCAGCUAAGUGAGGUUACUGAGGAAUAAUUGGACAAGCUUUUUGAUAUGGAGCAAGUCCUGCAUAAAAGAUCUCAAGUAGAUUUAACAGGUCUAAGCCUGAAAUUAGCUGUUGUAUUUUGAAGAUUUUAGUUCCAAUUUAUUGUAAACUAGCUUACCUGUGACUCAUGCUUUCCUUAGCUGUAGUACUUAAAACUAUUUGUGGUGAUAAAACAAUUCCAGCAUAGAGAUUAGUUAAGCUCCAAUGUUUGGUAUGUGAACAUGGCUUCAAGCUUGAUUUUUCAAAAAAUCAUGAGCCAGACCAAAAGUGUAAAUGGAGUAGCUGUGGCAAGGAUAUAUCCACAAAUACAGUUUAAAAGGUGGGGUACAGGAACUCCCCUGAUGGUGCAUUCUAUACAGCCUAUGCAUUGAAAUUGUUGCCUCUAAUCAUGUGAUUGCUAGAACAUAGCUGUCAAGAAGCUCAUGCAUAUGGUUUGCUUUGUGGUAAUUCCUAUAGGUAACAUUUAAUUUUCUUGGCCUCUAGGAGGUAAUGCUUCUCAUUUUAAUUGUUCACAAAUUUCACUAGUCAUAUUGAAGCAGUCUACAUAAAGAUCUUUCUUUAAUAGUAACUAGCUUUUUCAUUCCCUGGUUGUUGGUUAUCAACGCCCCAUUAAUCAUUGUUGAAAACAAAUUACUUACUAUCCAAAGCCAACCUUUGGCAGCUAUGGUGAAAUUUGUGUUCAAGCUUGACAUGGAAGCUUCCAAGUUCAUAAUACAAUCUUAACACUACUGCUGCUCAACUUGUCCUUGGAGCUGUGUAGGUUCUGUUGCUGGGGUUAGUAGAACACAGUAAUAAGGUAAACAUUGCAUUUUUAUAAUUUUUUUAAAAAUGUAUACUUGAUUGUGCACAGCUGUAAAGGACUGUAUUUACUGAUAUUUGUACUUGGGAGUUGUUUAUAAAUUUAGAUAAAGCUUCUAAGAUGUAUGC